ACCUCCCUCCCUCCUCCCCUCUCCCUCAAUUCCUCCCCACUCCUUCUCCCUCCCGUCACACACCUCGAUCCCUCCUUCCCCUCUCCCUGACCCGCAGCCCCUCCAGGCCGCCCCCUUUGGGCAGACGGAGCCCAGGACCCCCAGACUACCCUCGCUCGCCGAUGGUGAGCCGGAGAUGCCGGAGGCCUCGGGGCCCAGGACGCAGCUGCUGACCCAGCCUGAGCGGCCGGACAGCCCGUGGCCCCAGCGGGAGGGCUCGGAGGUGACCAGCGACACGGAGCCCCUCCGCUCCAGCCCCCGCCCCCAGGCCGAGACCCCGGACUGGCUGAGUCCCGAGGCCAGCAACGACUCCAGCUGGCUGCCCGACCGGGAGAGCCUGCUGACCCCCUCUGUCCUGGAGGAGCUGGCCGCGCUGCGGGACGCCCAGCAGAGCCUGGAGCUGAGCCUGCUGGGCCUGGUUGAACGCCAGCGGCGGGAACUCGCCGCCCUGGAGGAGCUGCUGCAGGAGGAGAGCCAGCGGUCCCGUCAGCUGCAGGUUCAGCUGCACGAUCUGAUGGACCUGCACCAGAACGAGCUCAACAACCUCAAGGACAACCUGGCCAACCUGGAGGAGAAGAUCGCUUACCAGUCCUACGAGAGCAGCAGAGACAUCUGGGAGGUGUUGGAGGCUUUCCAGAGCAAGCUGCUGAGGCUGGAGCAGCUGCAGCAGGUGUCCCAGGCUGAGCAGCCGGGCGGCCACGAGCUCCUCGGCAAGUCCAUGAACCUGCUGCUGCUGAUGGCCGCCGUGGCCCUGACGCUCAUGUCCACGCUCUCGGCUCUGGUCUUGCCCUUCGUUCGCACGCGGACCCGCACCCUCACCACCUGUGCCCUGUGCCUGCUGCUCCUCUGGCUCUGGGGCAACUGGGACUCUUUCCGGGUCCAGCCCGCCAGCCCCAAGUCCCUCCAGGGCUGAGCUCAACGUCCUCUACUGCCCGUCUUGGGACACUAAGCCAGCACUUUCAGCCAGAUCGGACAUCUCAAGUUUUAAAAGGAUGCAUCUGACCCACCCAGGGGCACCGAGUGAUGCAAAGACCGGAAAACAGCACAGCCUGCCAUAAGGCACAGGAGCAGAAUUAGGCCACUCGGCCCAUCGAGUCUUCUGUCAUUCCAUCAUGGCUGAUUUAUCCCUCUCAACCCCGUUCUUCUGCCUUCUCCCCAUAACCUUUGGCAUCCUCACUAAUCAAGGACCCAUCAACCUCCAUUUUAAAUUCACCCAGUGACUUGGCCUCCACAGCUGUCUGUGGGAACGAAUUCCUCAGAUUCCCCACCCUCUGGCUAAAGAAAUUCCUCCUCAUCUCUGUUCUAAAGGGGUGACCUUCUAUUCUGAGACUGUACCCUCUGGUCCUAGACUUCCCCCCUACAGGAAACACCCUCUCCACGUCAACGCUCCGCUCCCACGAACUGUUUGUAAUCUGGACGCUUCACAAAGUGGGCAGCUUAUCCCCACGAAACAAGAUGCCAGGUGACCGAAGGUGCCCGCAGCCAGCAAACUCCCGAGAGCUGGUUGGUGGGCACGGUGACCGUAAGCUGGAGAUGAACUGUGUAAAUACCAUUCUGUGUGAAACCUUGUUAACAGAACGUUUGGACAAGGUUCAAUGUCUUGUUCCCCCCAGAGCAGGAGUGAGUCCAUGA